AUGUUCUUCCGCACCGCCGCCGCUCUUUCUGUCCUCACGCUCGCUACCGCGCAGACGUCGCUCGACAUCGCCUUGAUCGAGGCCCAUUUCUCCAACUCUGGCAUUGUGCCUUCGCUUUUGGCGACCUUUGACCCGUCGGCAACGAUCAACGCCUCGUUCUCUGGUACUACCAUCACGCCUGGCCAGGCUCUCUCCAAAGACCAGGUCGCCGAUGCCCCAACCCUUGCGAUCACGCCUGCCAACUCGUCCGUGACGCUCUCGGGAAAGUACACGGUCGUCAUGGCCGAUGCUGACGUCGUUGGCACGGACGAGUCGGCCGGUCAGACGCGCCACUGGCUCGUCAACUCCGCCACCGUCUCUAACGGCCAGGUAUCGACUGACGGAGCUACUGCCAUCACCAACUAUGCUGGUCCUGGCCCUGCCGCUGGAUCCGGUGCGCAUCGCUACGUGAUCCUCGUCCUCCCCCAGCCGGACGACUUCUCGCCGCCCUCGAACCUCAGCUCGCCCAACACCCCUCUCGGUGUCUUCCAGCUGACCGACUACAUCUCCACCUCGAAGCUCGGCCAGCCCGUCGCCGGUACCUACUUCACCGUUGAGGAGGGUACGGCUUCGGUCUCUGCCUCGGCCACCUCAGCCGUCAACACCCAGUCGAUCUCGGCCGCACUCGCCGCCGCGUCGUCGACUGGCUCUGCAUCCGCGUCAGGCUCUGCAUCGGCUGGUGCGUCGAGCUCUACGCCCACGGGCAACGCGGCCAGCGCUGCCCAGCUCGUGAGCGGACCGCUCGCUUUCGUCGCUACCCUCUUCGGCUUGGUCGUGCUCUAA